AUUCCCAAUCCCUCGCUGCACGAGUCCAAGGUCUUCUCGCCCUACAGUCCCUUCUUCAAUCCGCACGCGGGCGGGCAGCCGACAGCCGCCCAGAUGCACCAGCACCACCACCAGCACCAGCACCAGAUGCAGCUCUCCUCGAGUCCGCCCGGCAGCCUGGGGGCGCUGAUGGACUCGCGCGACUCCCCGCCGCUGCCCCAUCCGCCGUCGAUGCUGCAUCCCGCCCUCCUAGCCGCCGCCCACCACGGCGGAUCGCCCGACUACAAGACCUGCCUGCGGGCCGUCAUGGACGCCCAGGAUCGCCAGUCCGAGUGCAACUCGGCGGACAUGUCCUUCGACGGCAUGCAGCCUACUAUAUCCUUUUUCAAACAGCAACAAGAGCAGCUCGAGCAGCAGUCCCUCCAGUCCAUGCUGAUGGUCAACAGCAAGCAUUGCGAAUCCUUGACUCCCCUGCACUCUUCUACAUUGACACCGAUGCACCUGCGCAAGGCCAAACUGAUGUUCUUCUGGGUCCGCUAUCCGAGCUCCGCGGUCCUCAAGAUGUACUUCCCGGACAUCAAGUUCAACAAGAACAACACAGCACAAUUGGUGAAAUGGUUCUCGAAUUUCCGAGAAUUCUACUACAUACAAAUGGAGAAAUAUGCACGACAAGCUGUCACCGAAGGCAUCAAGACACCCGAUGAUCUGUUGAUUGCUGGAGAUAGUGAAUUGUAUCGCGUGCUCAAUUUGCACUACAAUCGCAAUAAUCACAUUGAGGUACCCCAAAACUUUCGCUUCGUCGUUGAACAGACACUGCGGGAGUUUUUCCGUGCAAUACAGGGUGGCAAAGACACCGAACAGUCGUGGAAGAAGUCCAUAUACAAGAUCAUCUCGCGCAUGGACGAUCCCGUGCCCGAGUACUUCAAGUCGCCCAAUUUUUUAGAGCAGCUGGAAUAAGUGGAGGAGUUGGCCUUGCCAGCGCUGCCAAUGCCAACGCUAUCGCUGCCAAUGCCCCUGGCAAUGCCAAUUCAAAUGCCACCACCACCACCACCACCACCACCAACAACAGCCACACCACACACCACGAUCCCAGCUACUAUGACUACUACAACAUCUACAGCCACAACAUCGAGGGCCGGCAGCAGCAAUCCGAAGGCGAGGCGCAGACCAAAGCUAAAAGGCUAAAUCUGCGCAAGAAGUACCACUGGAUAUGACCCACAAACUCCCGAAACGAAACAAAACGAAAACCAACCACAGAAUAAGUUAGCAAAGAGAGAGAGAGAGCGAGGGGAGAAAGAAGAGCAAAGCUAGGAGAAGCUAAGAGAAGCUGAGAAGUUUACACGAGUCAAAACCGCGUUUAGGCCACGAGCAAUUCUGGGGAGCAGUCAAGACAGUCUCCCGAGCCGCAAAAUAUUUUUCAAAAAAUUUCCAAAAACACCUACACCAACACACACACACAGCAUUCAUACAUACCCACUCAGCGAAGAAGAGAGAAUGAAGAAGAGGAUGAGAGAUGCGAGCUUCGAUCGCAUCCAAUGCUAAAACCAAAACUAAAAAAACCUAAAAACCUAAAAUCUUAAUCUUAUGUGAAAUAGUGCAAAUUGAUGGUAACCUGAGCCUGACACCCAUACAGACACACACACACACACACACACAGAGACACCAGACACCAGACACACCGAGCGAGCGAGCAAUCGCGUACUUUGUAGGCAGUGUAAACUGUACUCGCUGUAGCCGUGUUGGUUUGUUAGAUGAAAUUUUUUUGAAAAUAUUUACAAGACAUUUUUACGUAUACAGAUAUUUAACAAAAUACAUAGUUGAGCCGUCUAUUGAUCUACCGAAAGUUGACACACAAACAACAUUCCACACACAAACACAAACAAACACACAUUCCACCCACACACACACACACACAUCGGUACAAGAGCGAAGAGCGAAGAGCGCUCUGUGGAAGCGGGCAGCACUGCUUGGCAGACCGUUCUUCGGCAAGCAGUUAAAACCCUUCAGUACCGGCGUUCACUGCUGGAGUGCACUGCUUUACAAAAGCAGGCGCUGCACUGACGCCGGUAGCACCCCCACUAUCCCCCAAUUCUUAACCCUUUAAGCAUAUAUUCGAUGUCUAUUAAGUGAAAACUAAACAAAAACAAAAAUCACCAAAAAAAAAAAGAAAAGAAAGCAAAAACUAUUUAGAUUUAUAGAUUUAUAUGCGGACAGGACAGCGGGCGUUAGGGUAGAUAAUUUGAUAAUUUAAUGGUUUAUGAACCCUUGACCAAAGUUAAUUGUUAAUCCCUUGAGUGCGGUUUAUUUUUAAUCAAUUCUUUUACUUUACGCCUCUUCUUAUUUUUAUGGAUCACCCUAUACACACACACACACACACACACACACACACACUAGUCUGUUAUUUAUGUACAUAAUUUAUAAAUUUAGUUAAGUUAAAGUUUAGUUUAAUUAAUUUUACUUUACAUUACUUGGCCUUGAGUUGCAACAAAAAACAAAAUAUACACAAAAAACACUAAAAAAUUCAAAUGAAACAACAAAUAUAUGGUUUUUCUUUAUUGUUUAAACCCCCCCUCCCUUGUUUGGCCCCCUUCCACUGGCUGGCUGGCUGUCUGUCCUCGAUCAUGCACUCUCACCCAUCAGCAGCAGCACAGCAGACUCAACAUGGAGAGUGGGCGGGUUAAGAGGGAUAUGUUUGCUCUCUCUUGGUCUCUUGGUCUCUUGGCCACUUGGGGCCAGGAGUGAGCAAACCUCACUGUUGCCACCAACACCAGCGGCACCAGCCAGGCAACAUCAUCAAUUACAUCAUCGAAUCAUCGAAUGUUAUUCAACAUUAAUUCAACAUUAAGCAAAUACCAAAAGAAUAUUCCUCAAAAGACGCACAACGUAGAAGCGAAAAAGUAACCUUUUCGGCCCCAUAUUUGCUACGAGGACAGCCAGCAGUCAGCCAACCUCCUGAUGCCCUAUCGCCCCCUGUUGCAAGUUUAGAUUAGAUGGGAACACCGCUAUGAGGCAGCAGCAAACCUUUCGGCCCACACCAAGCAUACGAAAUUAUUGAACAAUAGAUGAAUUUUAGCUAAAACUAAAUUGAAACUGAAUAAGCAAGUUUUUAGGCAUAACCAGAGCGGGAAGAGCAGAGCGAAAUUCGAUUGCACUUUGGCGUAACUAUGACAAAAUUAGUCGAGUAUAAGACGGUAGGUUCCUAUUCUGACGGAAAAGAGAGAACAUAAUGAUUACAUUUCAAAUUUGGUGUAAAAUUGAAAAAUUUAAAACAAACAAAAAAAAUGCAUUUGCAAAAUUAGUGUUUAGGGAAUCGUACAAAAAAAAAAAAUACAAAAGAAAGCUAAUCGAACUGCAGUUUAUGUUGAUUUGAACCCCCCAGCCAUUAAGCAUUAUCCAUAUAUCCAUUGAGAGAUGUUUCGAGAUUGAGUUCCCUGAUUUAUACCCAUCUGAGCAGAGCAGAGCAGAGCAGAGCAGAGCCGAGUAGAAGUCGAAAUUCCAGUCCGGAGAUCGUUGAUUGUUAAUGCCUUUACGAAAUUUAUGGAGAAGCAACUUCUUUUUGGCAAUGAAGUUGAAGUUUGAUCUAAAUCGAAAUACAAUUGUAACUGAUUUUGUGAUAAAAAGUAAACAAAAAACAAAACAAAACAACUAACAACUAACAAACAAAUGAAAAUUGAACUAACUGCAAUUAUGUUUCGGAUAAAACCAAUAUGGAGGGAGCUCCCCCCUCCCCUCCAUACGAAAUUGAUUGAAUUGAAUUGAUUGUAAAAAUAGUUAAUUGAGAAAUGAGAAAAGCAAAAACCCUUUAGGCAAUUUAAGGCGUAUUAACAAUAAACGUUUGGCUAACAAAACUUUAGGCAAAAUUUUAUAAUUAAGCAAAAUUCAAAAGCGAAAUUAAGCCGUCGAAAUUCAGCUAACAAAUUCAGAAUUAAUAUUCUGUUGAGUUUCAGUUUGUCUCAGUUUAAGAAAAACCACAACCCCCACCCCACCCCAACCGCCGCUUUCUUUCCUUUCCUUAACCAAGUGGAUGGAUCGAUGGAUCGUAUCGUAGGAGGUUUACCAUGAACCGAAUGAAUGAACCGUACCAAAACACACACUCAGAAACAGAAGCACACUUGAAUACACAUUUGAAUACUUGCGUAUACAUAAUGCAACAUACAUAUUUCAUACAUUUAUACUAAACAUUAACAUUAACAAAAACAUACUUAAACUUAAGUCAAGUCAAAAAAAAAAACGAGACGAUAAUUGGUUAAUAAAAGCGAAAUUCAUUGAGAAAACAGAAACCACAUGACGGCGCUUGGAUUUUUCUUUAACAAAAUUGAAACCCCCAACCCUUUGGCUAUUUAUGAAACCCCAAUACUUUUACGUUCAAUCUUUGCCCCCAUUCAACCAACCAACCAACCAACCUCCGUCAGAAGCUUUCGGCAAUUGUCACAGAUCAGAUCAAAAUUGGAAUUGACUACACAACACACAUCACUAACCGUUAACCAACACUACAGCCACAGCCAACAGCCAACAAUCGGUGGAGAUCGGUGGAGACGAGCGCAGGUUACAGAAGGGUAAGCAACAAGCAAAAGUCAACUAAAUUUUAAUCACUUCCUGUUGAGCAGAGAACAAACCAACCAAGCGACACAGCGACUCCUGGCACAUCCACAGGCAGCGGCAGCAGCAACCUUCAAGCCACCAAAAGUUUCGAUAUCCAUGUCUUUCGAUCAGCCGAAAAACAGUGUUUAGUUUUCACACAGCAAUCUUUCGGUGUUGGUAAAUUCAAAAAAAGAAAACAAGCAGAGACCAGCCAUAGGCCAAGAGCAAUGUUCGAUUCUAGUUUCCAAUUGCUGCUGCCCUGUGGAAGAGCCGGGCACAGUUUACCUCAAAACCAAAGUCAAAGCACGGCACAGGCCAGGACAUAAGUUAGCCUAAGCAUAGAGUAAUCUUACAGCCAGCCAGCCAGCCAGCCAGCCAGCAGGAUCAACCAGGACCCACACACAGACAGAGCCAAGCAGGAAGCGGAAGCAACCAGCACAUCAAACCGAUCAAUCAACCAGCGAUCAAUCACUGAUCGAACGACAAAAGAGAGCAAAGCAAACUAAACUUAAAGCAUAAAUGAAAAACUACAAGUAAACCGAAAAAAACGAACCGAUCGACAGAAUGACGAUCGAAGCAGCAGAAGCAGAAGCAAAAGAUGGAAGCGAGAUAUCGAUUUAUCGAGAUAUCGAUGUCGAUAUCGAGAUCGAGAGAAGCAGGCGAGAUAAGUAUAUACCUACUACACGUAAACCAAUUACCAAAUAUAAAUGCAGACGCAGCCAUAUGCAAAUUUUAACUAGAUUUUAAAAGCAUUAAUACCGCAAAAUACCAAGCAAACCAAAACAAAACAAAACAAAACAAAACAAAAAUACCAACAAUUACCGAUUACUGAUUACCGCAUAUACGAGAGAAAAACCGAUACAGAAAUUGAUCAGAAUUGUACAUAGCGACAUUUAAAUACAAAACUACAUACACGUAACUAAAAUAUUACUACAGUUUAAGCAUAAGCAGACCCCCACUGAGAUCCCUCAAGACUCCCCCAAGACCCCAUGACCCCAUAUCGAAGUUACUCAAAGGCCAGGGCCAGGCGAGGCUUCGCCCAUAGCUUUACAGCAUUCAAAAUGCGCGCAGGACGAUUCUCAGGAGAGGAGGAGAUGUGCCAAAAUCAGUCCCCCCCCCCCCCAAUCGGUAUAUAUAUCAACCAGAAGAUCCCCCCCCAAAACACAAACAUAUGUAUGUAGUCAAGUCAAGAAUCAAAUCAAGUCUAUUCGUAACUUCAACUUCAAGUAAAAAUAAGUUUAUUAAACAUCCUUAUUUAAGAAAACAUCUGAUCACAAGCGAUAGAAAGAAACAACUGAAGCAAAAAACUAACGAAAAUCAAACGAAAAUUUGCAGUUUUGGUAUAAAAGAAGAAAAACAAAAACAGAAAACAAAAUAUAAAUAAAUGAUUGCGUUUUUUUAGUAGCAAACGCGAUUCUCGAAAUUCCCAAUAACUUUUGGCCCGAAAACGAACAAAAUCAAAACAAUGUUUGGAAGUAAAAUUUUUAUCACUUAUUUGGCGUAGGGAGAAUCACCGAAAGAUACAGAGAAGAAGAGAGAGAGAGAGAGAGAGAGAUAGAGAGACAUUUUAUGGCGGUGCAGGGUCCUUCGCAAAAGGAAGAGCCAUUGUGCAUCGCCAUUUUCUGUUCCAACAAACUGCAAUAGAGCAGCGCACGGUGCCCAUACAGUUUCGGCCCGCACUGUGCGUCUGCACCAAACGGAUUAAGUUCAACAAAUGAAAUUUUGAUUAAACAUACCAUUAUUAUAUUAGACAAGAAUCUUAAGCAUCCUCAGUUGAGACGUUUAUGGAGACGAAGAGGUUAAAACUUUUGGCUUAUGACGUGUAACCCCAGCAUUUCGGCAGAGCAAAUGGCAAGCGGAAGCUGCCAAUCGGAAAUUCCAAAUUCAAAUUGAUAUAUAUACCAUACAACAACAACAACAACAACAAAGCAAAGCACAUGAGAAAGUAUAAAAAUAUAAAGGAAAAGUUGCAUAAAACCCCAAAGAAAAGCCCAUAACUGAAUAAAGAAACAAAUAAAUAAUAAUAAUAAUAGAAGAUAACAGGAUUACAAUUUAGUUUUAAACAGCCAACAAUAGCCAGGGAAACAUACACAACUCGUAUGUGAUAUUUUUGAGUUAAUCUCUCACAGUUUUUCACAAGUUUACAAAAGAAAAAAACCAAAAAAAAAUAAAGUAACAGCAACAAGCCCAGUUAGCAGCGACAAUAUAUUAGAAACAACAGCAACAGCAAACAACAACACAGAGCACUUCCAGCAGCAGCAGCAGCAGCAAGCAGAAAGCGGCAACUUUUUUUGGGUUGUCUACCACAUAUCAGAGAUAUCAGAGAUAUGCUAUAUAUAGUAUAGGAGAUCCGGUGUGGAGGAGGGAGUACAGAUUUUCUUUGUGUUGAGUCUUUAAGCCAUCCUGAGUUCAAAGUUUACAAUCGAACGAAUAACUGAAUAUUUACCCAUGAUCGAAUAUGAAUAUAACAAAUAUAUAUAUACACAUAAAGCAAUACAAAUACCGAUAACUAAUCCAUAAGUGUUUAUAGUUGAAUUUUGACGAACGAUAGAGACGGAGAGAGAGAGAGAGACGAUUUUAUGCCACAGUUUUCAUUUGCAAUAGUCGAGAGCGUGCCACGCACGCACCGGGAUAAUUUAUAGUACAAUACAUGCAACCAGCAGACAAACAACAAACAACAAACAACCAGCAAACACAAGCAACAAAUAAACAAAACAAAUAAACGAAUAAGCAACCAAUAACUUUUUAUAAAACGAUUUAUAUUUUUAUACUCAACAAAAAAUCAAGAACCGCCACAGCAACAACAAUAGCCAAUUAGCCAAAUAAGCCAAAACUUUUAGUUCGUUCACAAGAUAUUUCCGUUAACAAUUAACAACAACAGCAACAAUUAUGUUUUUAUUUAAACAAACAGCAAUCGAAAGAGCUCCGACCCAAGCCCGACACCCCGACACCCCGAAUCGCUGACAAGCCCAGCCCAAAAUCCAAACAGAUCCAGCGCAUGCCACACAAGAAAUUGCCAAUAGUAACCAAUAAUGCAACCAAGUUGCAAGAGAAACCAAGAGAAAGAUGAAGACGAGGACCCAAAGAAAUGAUGCCUGCCUGCUGAAACCCAAGGGAACCUACGCCUGAGCCCCGCCCGCCAGAGGAGACACACUCAACAAAAAACAUUCGCCAAAAACAUGCGCCUGGAUGGAAUCGGGGGCUGGGGCGAUCAGUCAGUCGGAACGGAACGGAUCGGACGGGUCGGUGACUUUCGCAUAGGCAACAAGAAUAAGUGAUAAAAACCUUUUGUUUCACAAUUCUCUAACGAGCAACUCAAUCAAUCGAACAACAACUAAAUGAGCCACAAAACUUUGCGUGCGUUGAACUGGCUCCAUCUCUGGCAACUGCUGCAGCAACGGCCACAGCAACAGCAACAGCAAGGACUCGCGGGGCAUGCAACUGACUGCGAAAUGAACUGAACUGCAAAACUACUUUGGUUUACUCCAACAAACACACAAACAAUCAAACAGAUACCGAUCAAACAGAUGCAAUAAACAAGAGAAAAUUGACAAAGAUUGGGGCACCCAGCCUCAGCCCCAAAAUGAAGGGGCGGGGGGUGUCCCAGACAAUAGCCCAGUAAUAUUAUUAUUAUUUCCAAUAGGGCGCAUCUUUGUAAUCCCCCGAGGAUUAAAGAUGCGCCAAAAGAACCGUCAACAACAGAAGUACAACCAAAAUGAAACGCACCCAUUGGCACCCACCAAGAAUCAAGAAUCAAGCAGAAUCAGUUGCCACUGCCCCUGCCCCAUCGCUAAACCAUGUUGCAGUUGCCGGAAGUGGAGGCCAGACGUUUGUCAAAAUUCUACACGAAAUUUUAUGUAAAACAGCUGUAGGAGCAAACGAAAAACGCAAUUCCAACGAGCCAAAGCGCCGAAACAAUCGAUUUUCAGUUUCAAGUUUUUCCUUCUCGGCGAUCGGUCCGGUUUCGAUCGGUCGCGUUCCUAUGAUUUAUAGACGGAGAGAGAGCGAGAGAGAGAGCAUGCCCCAGGGACUCGCCCCCAGCCCCAGCACCAGACCAGAGGGACAACAGACGCGGGGGCCUGGCCUGGGGCAUGUGUAAGAUAUGUACUAUAAUAAAA